AGGAGGCCAUGGACGUGCGGGUCGGGGCGCUGCUGCUGGCGCAGCUGUUGGUGGGAGUCGAACUCGGGAGGCGGGAGUUGAAGGAUCAGGACGUGCUGUUUCCAGGUUUCGAGAACUCGUCGGUGCUCACAUGGCCCUGUGGCCAACGGAACGUCCCGACACGCGUGGUGGGUGGAAAGGACUCGGUGCGCGGGCGCUGGCCGUGGAUGGGCAGCCUGCGCCUAUGGGGCUCCCAUCACUGCGGAGCGAGCCUGCUCAGCCGCCGCUGGGUGCUCUCGGCCGCGCACUGCUUCCAAACGAACAAGGAUCCCUAUGAGUGGACGGUCCAGUUUGGGGAGCUGUCUGCCGCACCAUCUAUCUGGAACCUGCAGGCCUACUAUAACCGAUAUCAGGUGGAGGAGAUCGUUUUGAGUCCCUCGUAUCUGGGGCCUACAGCCUACGACAUCGCCAUGCUGAAGCUCUCCUCCUCCGUCACCUACAAUAAGUACAUCCGGCCCAUCUGUGUCCUGGCCUCCUCUGCCGAGUUCCAGAACCGGACUGACUGCUGGGUGACCGGCUGGGGGGACAUCCAAGAAGAACACAUGCUGCCGGCUCCCUACGUCCUCCAGGAGGUGCAGGUCGGCAUCAUAAACACCACCAUGUGCAACUACCUCUACAAACAGCCUGCUUUCCGCCUUGACAUCUGGGGAGACAUGGUCUGUGCCGGCGAUGCUGAAGGUGGCAAGGAUGCCUGCUUCGGUGACUCGGGUGGACCCUUGGCCUGCGAGGAGAGAGGCCUGUGGAUUCAGGUUGGAAUCGUGAGCUGGGGAGUGGGCUGUGGGAGGCCCAACCGGCCCGGGGUCUACACUGACGUCAGUAGGCAUUUCCGCUGGAUCCGGACACUGAUGGCCCGUGGCACACCCAAGCCGGACCCAACGCAGCUGCUGCUGCCCCUCGCUCUGCUCUGGGCUACCCCACUCCUGUACCCGGCCUGAGCCCAACAGAGCCUCUGAGAGUCGGGGCCAUCUGCUGGGUCAGGCCCAGUCCCCUUCCGUCCCCUUCCUAAUAAACACAUGUGCAUGUUCAGUUUGAUGCCCUGCAGAGCAUCUGUGGACCUGAGGGCCUCCUGGACAGCUCCGUCAGUCACCCAUGUCCCGGCCAUCCCAGGACCUGUCCCCGGCUCCUAAAUCUUCCUCCACCGUCUGCACUGUACAGGUUUUGGUUGCAAACAGCAGAACCCUCUCGGGUCAGUUCAGUCAGAAAGAUAGUUUAGGGAAGGACGUUAGUAGCGCCAGGUCCCUGGGGGCUAGGAGGACUGGAGUGGGGGUGCUGUGGAGGACA